AUGUGUGCUGCACGAACGUUUGAGGUCCAGACCCAGACCGCCAGCGAUUCCUGGCAGGCGGCCCGUGCGUGCGCUGCUGCUGCUAUAUUUCUCAGGCUCGCAUCCGGCGUCGCCAACUCUUGGUCAGUCAGGCAUGCCCUCUUGACCGCUCUGUCGCAGCAGUCACCGGUUUGGUCUGCUGUCCUCUCCAUCGCCGCCGCUGUUGAGCGUCUUGCAUAUGUACUGUUUCGUUUCGGACAGGACAACGCGACGAGCGAGGACGAGGACGUGGUCGCAGAGACUUUCGUUUUCCAGCGGCCCGCAACCCUCUUCCUUCUUGGCCGAUCACGGGAGCGAGACGCCUUAAUCAGAAGAUCACUCGAGGGAGACGGAGUCCGCUCCGCAAGAUGGCCGCGCUCUCGUCGCCGGUUCCUCUUCGUCUGA